GGAUGACAGCUAGAGUCUUCAGUUCCUACUGCUGUCUACAACAUGACAUUACUGUCAUUGACGUGACCGUUUAGAUAGAGCUGCAGGGAAAGGAAACAUUCAUGGAGUUUCAUUUGCAUUCUAUUUGCAUUAAACAAAUAUCCCCAUGUGUUGAGUCAAACUAGGAGCUCAGGUGCUUCACUCACAGCUGAGGUUUGCUCCAUCCUGUUUGCUCCAGAGGAAAGUAUUUUUCUGUGUAAUCAAUGGGGGAAAGUAUGGUUCUGGUACUGGUGUUGCUGCUGAUGGAUCAUUCCCUGGCUGACCAAGUGUGCAUCAACAUUUCCAACCACAGCCUCACCAUCGCUCUGACUAAUUUGAGCAUUGUUGAAGAAGGGAUUCACCCAACAAAGUGCCAAACCGACGGAGUCCCAUGCCUGUUCCGAUGUAGACCCAGCAAUGAAACCUGGUUCAAUGGAUCAUUUGCUUGUUUAGAUUAUUCUGUUGUUAAUGAUGAAAGCCCCAUCCCUCUUUUUGUCAUAGCUAAAUACACCCAUUGUGAUCAAGUUGUAUGUAGUAAUACUUCCAUCGUGCCAUUAUUGAACACAUUGAAUUGUCCUGACUGUCUUGAGAAGGAAGUAAUAACACUCCAGUAUGUACGUAGUUCAUGUCAAGAUCUCUUCAGGACCAGCCAGGAAGUCAAAAAGACUUUUAUUGGCGUGGAGCAAGCACUCAUCCAUAAAAUGAUGGCAGCAUCUCAGCUGGAGGAAGGUUUCCCGCUGACAUACAACCUGAAGACCUUGUCGGUCAACGUUUAUACCUUCAGCAGGGCUGGUCCGGAGCUGACAGAGGAUAUGGUCCAGAUACAAGCUCCACAGUUGCUGCCUGACAAUGAGUCAUCUAUCCCUGAGAUUUGGCUGCCAGUGAAUGCAUUGAACCACAUUAAAGAACAGAAAACAACUAUUGGAGUGGUCAGCUACAUGCAAGACAGCCAGUUCCAGUUUCACCAGGAGAAAAUCUCAACAAUGGCUCUCAGGAUAGAGGUGUUGGAGCAAUGCCUGCAGAAUCUCAAGCCUCCAAUCAAGAUGAUUUUUCCGAUUACACAAACACAGCUUAACAACAGCUUACGCUUACUGUGUCACUACUUUGAUCAAAAUGACUGGAAAUGGAAACCAGAUGGCUGUCAGACCCAAGUUGAGCAAAGCAAUAUAACUUGCAGCUGUGAUCAUGCAACACCAUUUGCUGUCCUGCUGAUAAGAGAACCGAUUGCAAAGGUUCAUUGGGAAAUACUGUCAUACAUCAGUUACAUAGGCUGUGGCCUGUCAGCGUUCUUCAGUGCCUUGUCUCUUGUGACCUUCCUCUUUAGUCGAAACAAUAAACUGGAUUAUUCCAUCACUAUUCAUGUGUCUCUGAGCGGGGCCUUGUUCCUGCUCAACUCUACUUUCCUGCUGACGGAGUGGGGGGCCAGAGUCAGUCUAGGAUGGGUGUGUGAAUGUGUAGCAGCAUUCAUGCAUUAUUCCCUGCUCUGCUGUUUCACCUGGAUGGCUAUAGAAGCUCUUCACCUCUAUCUUCUGCUGAUAAGGGUCUUCAACACUUACUACAAACACUACCUGCUUAAGCUGUCACUUGCUGGAUGGGGCAUCCCUGGUGUAAUUGUUGCAACCUCUUUGGGAGUGAAAGAUUUUAAACAGUUUUAUGGAGUUACACAGCUGAUCAUGUCUGAUACUAACACGACCAAUGAAAUCUGCUGGAUCACAGAUGACUCCUUCUUUUACUCAUUGAACCUUGUUUAUUUCACACUUAUAUUCGUCUUUAACUUUGGCAUACUGAUGGCAGUGGCUUCCAGUUUCUGUAAAAUGAAACAAGCAAUAAAGAGUAACUCAAUGCUGAGAGCUAAAGCUAAAGGAAAAUUAAUGGGAGUCCCACAGAGGUUCAGUGCAUCCUGCAAGAGUGGCCUGACUUUACUGGGACUUACCUGCCUGAUGGGAACCUCUUGGGGCCUGGCCUUCCUGGGAUCUGGAUAUGUCAACUAUCCCAUCCUCUAUCUUUUCUGCAUCCUCAACUCCUUACAAGGUUUCUUUAUCUUCCUCUGGAUCUGUCUCUCAGCAAAGAAGCAGAAGAAGAGGCAAAUGGAAGAGAAACUGUCUUCAUCUCCUGUGAGAACGUCAGACGUUAAAUCUGAAUAGAAAUGCUUUUUACCACUACUAACAUGUGGAUUUCAACAUCCUAGUCCUUGACAUGAAUACAUUAAAUUACCUUUUAAUGUGGCACGUUUUAUCUCAAAUUCAAUCUUUUAGUAUCACUAUAAAAUGUUAUGUAUGACUUUAAUUGCAUUUAAUAAUUAAACUGUAAACAUUUUUAUAAACCUUUAAAUAGCUGUUACAAAGUCAUUGCUCUGCUAGAUGUACAUUUGAAAUAGUUGUUGUCUCAUCCAUGGCAAAAAAAUAAAUAAAACUUCACAAUAAAAUGAAUGCUAAAACCAGAGCAUACAGUGGUGGUGAAUCCCGCACCAUUAAAACCGAUUCAUCUCUACACACUACCAGCGAUAUACGACACAUUAACGAAACAGUGCAACUGGAUGAAAAUUGAAUUCGAUAUGCUUCAUGCAUGCUGGUUAUUAAUUUGACAACAUUUUUUGAUUUGAUAAAAUUCAUUAUGUGAUUUGAAACAAGCCCACAUCUGGUUUUAAAACAUCAUCACAAUAAUUUUUCCGUCUUUCUUUCUCUGUGAAGAAUAUGUUUGAUCCUCUAUUGUUUUUGAGUCAUCAAUAAGUUCAACGUGAAAAGAAAAAAGCCCCUCAUCAGUGACAUUUACAUUUGUACAUAUUUUUUUUGCUAGAAUACUGUUGAACCAAUAAUAAUAAGAAGAAAGAAUGUGAUUUUCUGCAAAAUGCAAAACAUCGCAUGGACAGGAAGCUUGUCUUUUAAUAUGUCUGACAAUAGUUUGUUUUUCUAAUGCGGCUGGCACCACCUGGCUAAAACAUACUGAUGGUGCAUUCCAUGUGUCUCAAAAUAACCAAGGACAUAGCAGCUAAACUAUGAAGUAAUCAAUGUAGCCAUGUUUUUUACUGACAAGAGACACGCACGGAAAGAUACGCUGCGAUUUAGCAGUCAGUUGUAUCCGAUGGACACCAAAGUUACCAGUGUAGUUGCAUUGCUAACGUCAUGAGCCAAUCACUGGUUCGAAUUGGUGAAGUUCCUCAUCCCUACAUCACACAUGGUCUUCACAUGUCUUCAUAUGCUGCAUCACGUCUGUAAAUAAGUUUCUGUCUGAUGAAUAAACAUGAUUUUAUUACAAAAAACAUUCAGUUAAUAUCAAACCUUCUCCAAUUAUUCUUCAGCUUUAUCUACCUUCAAAUCAACUCCAACUGUAAUCUUCACUUGUUUAAUAAAUCUUUACACUAACUUUUUUUG